AUGGUAUCAGAUACCGUGCAGCCCAAAGUGUUCACUGAACCACAGAGCAUGCGCGAGUUUUCUCGGGAGCAGAGGAAACUAGGGCGCCGGAUAGCGCUGGUCCCUACAAUGGGAUACUUACAUCAAGGACAUUUGUCCCUCAUCAAGGCUGCGAGGGACUUGGCAGAGGUUGUGAUUGUCUCAGUUUACGUCAAUCCUACACAGUUUGCGCAGCACGAAGACUUCGGGGUGUAUCCUCGCGAUGAGGAGGGCGACAUGCAGAAGCUCACAAGCCUAGGAGUCAAUGCUGUCUUUGCCCCAGUGCGGCUGUAUGCCUCAGGUAUGCCAGAACCAAAAGGCGCUCACGAAACCUUCAUUCAGGUUGAACAGCUUCAGCAGCCGCUUUGUGGGCAGUCACGGCCUCACUUCUUCAGAGGGGUAGCCACGAUUGUUGCAAAGCUCUUCAAUAUCACAGAGCCGGAUCUUGCAGUCUUUGGGCGGAAGGACUAUCAGCAGCUGCUUGUCCUCCAGAGGAUGGCAAGGGAUCUGAACUUUGCAGUGGAAGUGGUCGGCAUGCCCAUCAUGCGAGAGGACGACGGCCUAGCCAUGAGCAGCCGCAAUGCAUUGCUCUCUAGCGAAAAUCGGCAGAAGGCGCUCAGCAUCUCCCAGUCUCUGCAGGCAGAGAGGAGGAUUGUGAGCCCAAAGGAGCUACAAGAUGCUGUGGCUUCUCGCAUCUCAGCAGCAGGAGGGAGAGUUGACUAUGUUGAGGUGGUGGAUGCAUCAGAUCUUAAAGAAGUGGAGGACGCCACAAAGCAGCCUACACUGAUUGCAGUGGCAGCGUUCUUUGGCUCUGUACGCCUUAUAGAUAACAUUGAGAUUAAAUGA